CCAUUAGAGGGCUCUUGUUCUUUCUUCUAUUUCUGUAAACUUGUGCUUCAGGGUGACUUCUAAUCCUUACUUCCUCAAACCUCUUAAAAACCACUGCCUCUUUAUUCUGAGGUAAAUUAUUUUUUUGAUGAGAGAGCAUCUUGAGUUAUAGUCCCUGACCUUGUCCUCAUGCUGCUGAAGCUCUUGCUGUUGAUCUGUGUUCCACUUUGCAAACCAACCGUGCUGCUUUUGACAGCCAGCCCUUCUUGGCCCAUAGAGGGUAACUCAAUGACCCUGACUUGUAAGACCCAAUACCCUCCAGAGAAGUUAGGUGUCCAGCUCCAGUUCUGCUUCUUCAAAGAUGGCUAUAUCCUGGGGCUGAGCUGGAACAACUCUACGGAGCUCCAGAUCACUGCUGUGAGGAGGGAAGAUUCAGGGUCCUACUGGUGUGAAGCACAGACAGCUGGAACUAAAGUAAUAAGGAGCAAGAGUAUCCAGAUACACGUGCAGAGAAUCCCUGUCUAUAAUGUGAGCUUGGAGACACAGCCUCCAGGGGGAUACGUGACGGAGGGAGAAAAGCUGGUUCUUGUCUGCUUGGUCCCUGAGGGAACAGGAGACAUCACUUUCCUCUGGUACAAAGGGGCUCUGGGUUUAAACCUGGAAUCGAAGACACAGCGCUCACUAACAGCAAAGUUUGAGAUUCCUAUGGUGAGGGAAAGUGAUGCUGAGAAAUAUUACUGUGCAGCUGACAAUGGCUAUGGUCCCAGUCUGAGUGGGCUAGUGAGCAUCACUGUCAGAAUUCCAGUGUCUCGCCCUGUUCUCACCCUCAGGGCUUCUGGGGCCCAGAAGGUGGUGGGGGAUAUAAUAGAACUUCACUGUGAAGCAUGGAGAGGAUCUCCCCCAAUCUUGUACCAGUUUUAUCAUGAGAAUGUCACCAUGGGGAACAGCACAGCCCCCUUUGGAGGAGGAGCAUCCUUCAACUUCUCUCUGACUGCAGAACAUUUUGGAAACUAUUUCUGUGAGGCCAACAAUGGCCUGGGGACCCAAUGCAGUGAAGUGGUGACACUCAACAUCACAGGAAAAAAUUCAGCCAGGGAUCCAUGCAGGAGCCUUUCCAGCCCUGAACCCCAAGGAUCCCCAUAUGUCAACUCAACUGCCACAGAGCAACUACAGCCUAUAUAUGAAAAUGGUGAGGUUUCCCAAAUGACCUGGACAAAAGUAGAUAGAGUGACUUGGGAAAGAGAGAACUGGGUGAUGUCUAAUAGUCAAACCUGACCCUGCUGUGCUCCAGCCUCCUCUUCAAAUAGAUGAAUCCCUUUUCUUCAUGGCUGUGAUAAGUGGUAUGUAUGAGCAUGUUAAAUUUCAAGAAGAAGGGAUUGUGUCAUGAUGCCUCCCUGUUUCUCUUUCAGUAAAUGUUGUAAGUGGAGAUGAGGUUUAUUCUUUGGUGUACUAUAUGCAACAAGAACAGCAAUUAACAGCAGGUAAGACUUGAGGAAGUGAAUUUGUCUCUCACUUUUGUCUUUCCUGGAUCCAAGAAGUGGUUAUGUACAGCAGUGUUGUCCCUGGUUGCUGCUUCUAACUUUGGAGUUAACUGUUGUGCCUAUAUGAAGACUGGACUUUGUUCUGGAACCUGCCUCAAGUAGAGCCCAUUGCUAAUGCUAACUUGGCCUGACUGUGGAAUGUAUAUCUUACAUUGUAGUCAGGCUUCCACCUGUCCUCUUUGAGUAACCCUAUGUACUCCCUACAACACCCCAACACAACUGCCUAGUUGUUACUGUUAUCCUACCUAGUAUAUGGUGGGCCCACACAUGCUGAAAGGUAUAAAUGGUAGGAUGAACUUACCAUUCUACCUCCAGCAUGCUAAUUUUUCUCUGCAUAAUAAGGGAAUUGUGUAUGUGAUAGGCAGAAAAGACAAAAAUAUUACUGGGAAUAAGUCAAUAGGAAAUAGGAGAGGAAAAAACCUUUAUUAUCACUGAUUUACUGAAAGAUGGUAAGUGUAAGCAGAAUAUCAUAGUAUGUACCUUUUUCUCCACAGUAGAAUCCCUGAAGAUACAUACUGAGGGGAAGGUGAGUUAGAAUCCCUAUUGUUCUGACACCCAUGCUCCUUCUUUCUUCUGGGGCCUGGUUCUCAUACUUUUAAAAUUAUGGCCACUAUGAAAAAAACAAAAGAUCCCAUGGCCUAUCUUCCUUAUCUUCUCAUACAGUAGGGGUAAAAACAUUUAAUUAUACCAGCAAAGUGUCACUGUAGGAGAAAAUUUGGGAUGCUUACAUAUACAUAUCUUUUAGCCAUGAACAUAUGAAUGAUUGGGAUUAAACUGUAAUAUAUACCUGGUAUAAAAAUUCUAUUUAGAAGUCUUUACAGUUAAAUACUCUUGAGCCAUACAUACAUAAAUUUAUGCUGUAAGAUUAACCAAGCAAUAGAAAUCCAAAUGGAUAAGCUAAACAAUGAUUUUUGUCAUUAAAAUCAGUAAUUUACAAACUUUGAAUAGUUCAUGACAUCACUGAUGAUACAAAAAUGUUUUUAUAAAAUAAAGGAAUUCUAAUUCUGCAUGUGUGCAAGGACAUAGGUGCUUUGUAAUUUUGUCUAGUGUAGUGUGACAGUCAAAUGUCUCUGUACCGUGUUCAAGUCCUUGAUAAACUCCAGUCCAGUGUGAUGCUAAAUUAAGUGUAUGAAUACACAAUUCUGACAUUU